AUCCAUGAUCAAGGUCCAGAUCUAGGGGUCCCGGUGGGCAGUACACUAAGCAUGAACCAGCAGCGUGCCCUGGUAGUAAUGACGGCUAACAGCACACUGGGCUGCAUCAGCAGGAGUCGAGGCAGAAGAGAGUAAGGUGAUUAUUGCCCUUUACUUGGCACUCGUCAGAGCACAUUGAGAACUCUUUAAGGUCUCCCUGGAGCCUUGUCUUCUCCAGGCUGAAGAAUCCCAAUUCCUUCUGUCUGUCUUCAGAGGAGAGGUGCUCCAUCCCCUUGAUCAUCUUUGUGGCCUAGGACAUGGUUGGCUUUCUGGGCUGCAGGUGCACACGUGCUGUCUGUGAGGUGGGAUGUUUUGUGAUGGGAUGUAAGUGGCACUGGUGUAGCUGUGGGCCAUGCUAAACGAGUGCUGAUAAAAUGGUCUCUGUGUCUAGUGCCCCCUUUCCAUUCUGGGAUCUUGCUUAGUCUGUGACUGAAUGCUCUUUCAGCUUUGCCAUCAAGGUAGUCACAACAUUACCGGGCCUCUUGAUGUCACGUGUAUCAAAUACUGGACCCAACAAAUACCUGGAUUUCAUCCCUUUUCUGGUUGAAACUUUGUUUCUGCAAGUAAAAGCACUUUAACGAGAAGCUUAGAUGUUGUUGCACUAGGGGAAGCUGGUGUGCUGCCUCUAAGAGGAACUGUACGGAGGGUGGAGUGGAGUGGAGACAUCGCGGCCAGGCUCCGUGUUAAGAUGGGAACUCAAAGGUGUACAACGGAACUGAUAAGCUGCAUAUUUGCUACCCUGGGCCAAUGGCCUGCCAUGUUUUUGACAAAAUGCUGUCCUUUUGGUGAACUUUGCUCAUUAUAAUAUCAUUAUAAUACCAAAACACACCUCCAUCCCCAAAGCUACCCACCUCCAAGGUGCGACCACCCUGCACUGAGCAUGUGCUCUAACUUUAAACAAAAGCGAGAAAAUUUAGCACUAAUCAUAAGAAAGGUGUGUAUGACUAGAGUCACUCAAUCUCCACCUAGAAGAGAGAAAAUAAUAUAAAUUGGAUUAAGAGAGAGGGGAUGUUAGGGAAGAUACCAUCCUGACUUCUGGGACCAGUUGACGGGCUGAGCGUCUCUUCCCCCCUCCCACAAUUGGGACACCUUUGGAAACUAGUAUUGCUCCGGAGGCACAACAGGAAUUUCCUUUGAGAAACUGGAAAUAUUUAUCCCCAGUUUAAUUUUGGCCCAAGGGUAUUUCCUAUUUUCCAGUGCAAGCUGGGGUAAAGAACCACCCAUCAUUUCGGAGACAUUACCUGCCACCAUGGAGACUGGCGGCUUAUCUGAAACUAAGCCUGCUACUCCAGAAGUCCAGCAUAUUGCUGACCAGGUGAAGCCAGAAUUUGAAAGAAGGGAACACAAAAGAUAUGAUACCUUUCGAGCCAUAGUAUAUAGGACUCAGGUGGUUGCUGGAAUAAACUACUUCAUUAAGGUCCAAAUUUCUAAUUCUGAUACUGGCUACGUCCACUUAAGGGUGUUCCAAGCCCUUCCUCAAGAGAACCAAGGUCCCAGCCUUGAGCGUUAUCAAACCGGCAAAACCAGAGAUGAUCCUCUGGAGUACUUCUGAGAGAUGGUGGGGAAUGUUUCCCGACUUCUGCAAGUUGCACGGGGAUUCUGCCUGUGUCAGUAAAUGCAUGAGAAUAAAAUAAGUUUUGAAAGCUGU